AUGCUCGUGAAAAGUGUCUUUAUGGAACUACGUUCCCGAUUGAGGAGCUGCAAUGUCUAUAUUACUACCAAUGUGGAUUUUCAAAAAGAUUGCAAUCUCAAAAUUAGUAUACAAUCCAAUUGCAUAGUACUGAAUUAUUAUGACAGUAAUGAAUUGAAGAGAUGUGAUAGUUUGUCGUCAAUAGAGAGCCUUUCUGAUUGUUCGGACUCUGAAUCUGAUGUUUCAUGCAUUAUUCCUAUACAGGAAUUCUGUUUCAUAAUACCUAACUCCAUGUCAUGUCUUAAAAUUGAAAAAAAUACAGUAUCUUUCAGAAUUUUAACCGAACCUAAGAACGGUGGUAACUUUUAUUCAGAAAUAAUUUCAACAAAUAACAUAAACAAAGAAAUCAAAAUAGAUAAAUUGGAUAUUAAUUUUAAUCCCAAAGAAGAGAUAAAAAUUGUAUGCGGCAAUUGCUCAAAUGUACUAUCAGAUGGUUUAGUUAAAUUUGACAGAAUUUUGGAAUUACCGACAAGCAAUUUGGAUAUGUCAGAAUGGUUUUGCCACGGCCACUCUCAUGGUGUUAACGAAUCAGAAAAAGUUACACUAAAACCGAAUACUCUUGACUUUUUAUACAGGCUUACAUUUUUUGUUGUAAACUUGAACAUUCUAUCAGAGAAAAUCAACAAGUUUAAUUCUAAACGAACGGUCUACCAUUGCAACCGAUGUUUAGCUUGGUUGGGUAUUAAAAAUAAGGACACUGUCAAACUAUACAACUCUGACGUAAAGUUACAUCACAAUUCGAAUAUUAAACAUAUCUUCGCACACAAGAAGCCUUUGGAAGAUGUUACAAUCGACGAUUUUAUAUACACAGUAGAGAGUUUGACUCGUGAAUUUAACCUCGGUUUGCAAUAUACAAUGAUGUGUAAAAUUGUUCUAGAAUGUACCAUGUCGGUGACUAAAAAGCAAUAUUUAUUGAUAUGGGUGAUGGAUAAAGAACUGCAAGUGUUGAGAAACGAAGAGAACUUUACAGAUAGAAUUUCCCUGAAAUCUUCGUUUUUAACAAAAAUUCUGUAUAAGACCGAGUCGGAGCUCAAUGAUGAAGUGGAGACCUGGUUGUCUGACCCAAGUUCGGUCAGCACCGAUAUAUCAAAAAGCAUGUUCAAUCAUGGCCUUAGUCAUUUGGAGAAGAUGUCUUUGAAAGUGCCAGAGUCUUUCCGAUAUACAAACGGAUAUACUGUCAGUUAUUUGAAAGCUUAAACUUUGAAUAAAUUUACUUGAAAUUA